AUGUUCAACAAAUUUAAUGCAAAAUUUCUAAUGAUUAUGCUCAUUGUGAUUGUUAAAAUGAUAAUCAUUAAUGAAGCAUGUAUUGGUAAUGGGCAAGAUUGCGAUCCAGAUGCCGAAAAUAAAAGAGAUUGUUGUGGAGAUAACUAUUAUUGUUUUAAGCUCAAAUGCACAAAAUGUAUAGAUAGUGGAAAUGGAUGUGGAAAAGACAAACCCCCGUGUUGUUCACAAUUUUGCAUGCCAGGAGGAAAAUGUAGUUGAGAAAAUAUGAUUGAGAAACUGAAUUCGAGAAAAUAAACAAUUUAAAAAAUUGAUUCAAAUCA